CUACUUGACCUGACAUCGACAAAAAGGAAAGUUUUUUGAACCUCGGUGGAUCACGUGGUGGGCCACAGAGGAUCCGGGCCGUAUUUGGAGUACCAGUAAGCUGAUGAAGUUCUCAACCUCACACGCAGGAUCUUCAAGUUGCCAUUAUUAUAAAGGCUAGCACUCCUAGUCAUGGCUCUCACUUCGUCGUUGCUGGCGUCGACCACUCCAAGUGUCAUCGCACCGGCAGACGUGACAAUCGGCCAUGUACAACUUCGAGAUUUAAUCAUAUGUCCACGCGAGGCAGGCGUAGUCAAUUACAUUCAUAACAAAUCGAUUAUUGAGCAUGACCUUCAUGCUCCAGACUUGGCACCCAGGCUCGUAGCCGCUCUCACAUUUACCCCAAACACACUUUCCUCGUUCAAUCUUUCUGAUUCUCCACACACACUCCUCGCAGCAGGUGGUCAGGAUACCGAGAUUCACCUCUCACUUCACAGUCCAUCGCGUAACCGUGCGGUCUGGCAGUUCUCCCGCAAGCUCACUGGAAGCAUCAACAAUUCCGUCCUCCUUUCACGCGCAUUCUACAGUUCUAAUGAACCGCGGCUUGUUGUGAGUAAUAAUGACUCGACAGUUCGCCUCUACGACGUACCCCUCCGAGUCCGUGGGGCACAGGAACUUAGGUGUUGUGGAAUCCUCAAACUCAAAGAGCCUGUGAAUCAUUCCUCUAUCUCACCCGACGGCCGUACCUUACUUUCAGUUGGAGACUCUCCUCGGAUCUACCUUCACUCUCUUUCAGGCGGCGCUCAGCUUACCUUCAAUCGCGUCACAACAUUACAGAUCCCGCCCGCCAUCUCCAUCCAUCCCAACUCUCUCGUAGCAUCCUUUAGCACCGCAUGGAGCGCUGACGGGCUCAAGUUCGCCGUUGCUUGUCAAGAAGGAGUUGUCGCAAUCUGGGACGUGCGGAGCACAAAACCGCUAAAGGUGCUGCAUACGGGUCGUGAGAGGGGCGGUGGUGACAGCGAGUGGAUGAGUGAUGAUCCAUGGGAUUGGGCACGUACUGGCGGAACUUCACGUGCGCCAGGAUGGGGCGCACGGAGCGUCAAAUUUGGGUGUGGCGGAGUUGGUGCGCGGGCAGGACACGAGAUAAUGACGUAUACCGAGCACACCAAUCUCUUACACGUCCUCGAUGCUCGAACAUUCGAAACUGAAGAAAUCAUCCGCAUUCCCAACAUCUCUUGCAGAAAAACACCUCCUGCUCAUACACCCGCCCAUUCCUCACUUAGACAUUCAGGAGCGCGACUGAGUGCACGUGUCCUACCUCAACACGGUGCACUGCCCCGGACAGCAUCAUGGACAAGCGUACCGCCCUCGAGGAUGUCAGAUCGAACAAGUGGCAGUGAUGAAGGCGAUACGAUGGACCUCGAUGAGUUUGAGGUGGACUGCUUGUCGCGUGGGGGCUCGCCACCUCCAAUGAACUUGCACCGCCCGCAAAGCCCAUAUCGGCCCAUCAGCCCAUCGCCUCUUUCUUCCCAAACAUACCGUCCCGCAAGUCCGCCGUAUCGCCCUGCAAGCCCGACGUAUCGUUCCAUGACACCCAUCUUCCACCCCUACUGGCGCACUUCGCGACGAACGUAUGAGGAGGAAGGAGAACUUGACCGUCCAGGGACUGUGGCAGAACAUGAAGAUGUGGAUAUUGCAGGAACGUGCUUCGACCCAACAGGAGGUUUCCUGUAUGUAGCGACGACGACUGGUGUUGCUGAGUGGGCCGUACGCGGUUCAGCAAAACGUUGGUGGGGGAGUGGCCAGUGGGCUUAAGGGCCCGUUUAUGCUUCCCACCACGUGUUUCAACGCACAUGUAUGACUUCUGACGAUUUCGGGACGUGCUACGAAUACUUUUCUGCGGGGUUGGUCUUGUGUUCAUGCGGUUGGAUCUACUACUCCGUUUUGGUUUCUUACUGGUCACAUUGCUGUCUUCCUAUCCCUUCCUUGCUAUCAUCUUUUCAUGCGCACUUACUCACAUCGCACAUCGUGCUUUCUCGUGUCUGAUCGUGCUCAACUCAUGUACUGUAAUAGUUGCAUUUCUAUAUUCCGUUUCUGAUGUUUGUAUACGUACACACACACGAACUUGAUACCAACCACGCUAGUGAAUUUAUGAUGUAUCCAUUCCUAUUGUGCACCUCUCUUUCGUUGUAUUGUUGGGGCUAUCCUGUGGUAGAAUUUCUGCCAAGCAUUCGAGGCCUUGUCCUGG